AUGCCAUACUCAAAAAUGGAAAAGGUCGAUAUAGAAGACCCGUUUGAGAGCCACGGGCUCUUAGGACAGAAUGACCUCAUCGCCUGUAAAGGAGCAGAAAUCGCGACCAAAGUGCGGCGACGGAUCUUUUGGGUACUGUCCGUGGGCAAUGUGAUCUUAUUCCUCGUUUCGAUUUUCAUGGUCUCUUUUUCCUGGAAAACUCGGCGCUUUGUGUUUAGAAACGGGGGGAACGUAUUACUGAAGGAGAUCGACGCAUAUUCACCCGUAUAUGACCAAGUACAAGUCCCUCUCGUCGAUGCCACCAUCAACGGCUCGCUUCUGAACCGCGAGUCUUCCAUAUAUCGCCAGCCCCCAUCUUUCGAAGUAGACGCGGCAUGGGAGCGUAUCACGCACCAGUUCCCCCACGCCAUCAGCUCCAAAGACGUGAGGCGCCUCGGUAAAGACCCCAGCAAGACGGCCAAAUGGCCAGAGGACUGGGGAUUCGGCCCGGACGCCCACAUUGCCGAACUCGACAUUAUCCACACGGUGCACUGUCUCAACGCCGUCCGGCGCGACGUUCACUGGCGGCACUAUUUUGCAGACCGGUACCCCGACGGCGACUUUCCAGAGCUGCACCGCGUGCACACUGAUCACUGCAUCUACAUUAUUCUGCAAAACCUAAUGUGCAGCGCAAAUGGAGACGUCAUUACCAAUGUCUGGGUGGAGGGGCAGUCGCACCCGUUUCCGGACUUCAACGUGCACAAAAAGUGCCGUGAUUACGAGACAUUUGUGGAUUGGCACCAUAAGACGCAGAUUACGGACAUGGAAGGAUAUGAGAAGAUGAGGGCGCCCGAAAGAGCAUUUAAGUGGCCAAUGUCGCAAGAGUUUCACGAUUUGUUCCAGACUGGCCUGACGGGGGGGAGCAUCAAAGAUGCAUCUCUCUUAGACUAG